AGGGCAUUUCCCCGUUCCCUCACUUUGCCUUCAAAGCAAGGAGAAAACACACACACACGUUCAAAAGUAGGUCUCUAAUUUUUGUUGUCUUGCUGGCUAAUUCUGAGUACUCUGUCAAUUUUGCCAUUCCUCUGUUGAUGGGAUUGUUUGUUCUUUCCUCUUUUGUGCAUAUAGUAUCGUUGCAGCUGUAGUGGCAUAAAGGAAGAGAUUGAGUACCUUCUUAGGAAUAUCAACAUUUGUUAUUCCUAAUAAGAAGGCUUCUGGUCUUUUGGGGAAAGUUAUUUUGAGCAUCUUUUUUUAGUUCUUCAUAAACCGUUUCCCAGUAGGGUGUGUUGUUGUUGUUGUUGUUGUUGUUGUUGUUGUUGUUGUUGUUUUGCCAACUUACACUUCCACCACAUAAGGGACUAGGUGGCAUUGUAGUCUAAACCACUGAGCCUCUUGGGCUUGCCGAUCAGAAGGUUGGCAGUUCGAAUCCGCUUGACAGUGUGAGCUCCUGUUGCUCCAUCCCAGUUUCUACCAAACUAGCAGUUCAAAAGCACACCAGUGCAAGUAGAUUAAUAGGUACCACUGCGACGGGAAGGCAAACAGCAUUUCUGUGCACUCUGGUUUCCGUUACAGUGUUCUGUUGUGCCAGAAGAGGCUUAGUCAUACUGGCCACAUGACCCGGAAAGCUGUCUGUGGACAAACGCCGGCUCCCUCAGCCUGAAAGCGAAAUGAGCACCGCACCCCAUAGUCACCUUUGACUGGACUUAACUGUCCAGGGGUCCUUUACCUUUACCCUUACUUUUUACCACCACAAAAGAGAAAAGGUGUUUUCUAUCUCUUGGCACUUCCAGCAAAGAUUUAAUCCUUUUUUGUACAGAGUUUGCUGAGAGUUAGAUACCAUCUAUACAGCAUCCUAAAUAAAUAAUGUUUCCUAAAUAAAUAAAUUUUCCUUUAGGGUAUAACACACCAAUAAGUUCAUUGUUGUUUUCCUUUCCCACAGGGUUAUCUCAAUAUUAUAACCUAUGUUGAUUGCCCAGUGUGUUAUUGCUUUCAUCAAUUCAUCCUUUGUUUCCCACUCAAGGAUAAUUUUAUAUAUUUUGAUAUUAGUUUCUCUUUGCUUCCCAGUAGGGCUUUUUCGAAUUCUGACCCUUCUUCUAAAAAUCCUUUCAGUUUAUCUUCUUUGAACCUCUUGUGCAGCUAAUGGUGUUGAAACCAGCCCAUAAUCCAUUCCUGCAGAUCUUCUCUUUUCCUGAGUACCACUUUUCAAAUUCAAUAAGCUCUUUAUAUAUACUCCAAUUAUUCCUCGUAUUUAUUUUCUUUAUAGCGAUUGCUUCAAUGAGGGAUUUUCCUUUCAAGAAGAUCCUUCCACGAACUCUAUGAGUUUGAGUAGCCGCUGUUCUUUUGUUGGCAUGCUUUCCUUCUUCCAAGUCCUUGCAUAUACAAUUCUUGCGGCUGCUGUUGCAUAUAAAACAGAUUCUGAGCCUUCUUAGGUAUUUCCUCUCCUACUAUGGUCAGUAGAAAGGCUUUGGGUUUCUUAGAGAAUGGAAAUUUGAACUUUUUUUUUAAUUCCUCAUAUACCGUGUCCCAAUGCUUUUUGGAGUGUUUACAUUGCCACCCUAUGUGGAUCAGAGAGUCUUCUGCCUCAAAACACUUCCAACAAAGAUUGGCAAGUUUAGAUGGUGUAAGAUACCAUCUUUUUUAUUGUUGUUGUUGUUUAGUUGUUUAGUCAUGUCCGACUCUUCGUGACCCCAUGGACCAGAGCACGCCAGGCACUCCUGUCUUCCACUGCCUCCCGCAGUUUGGUCAAACUCAUGUUUGUAGCUUCGAGAACACUGUCCAACAUCUCGUCCUCUGUCAUCCCCUUCUCCUACAGUUAUUCGAAGCAGAGAAUAAAAAAGAACUUACCUAAAUUCAACUUCCUAUCAUGUGAAGACCUUCCUUAUCUGACCUACAAAGGUUAAAUUUGAUUAGCUGAACUUUUCACUUGUACACUGGACUUUCAGACCUUGUGCAAUUGCUCAUUUGCAGUAUUAAAGCCCUUGCAUACCUUUUAAGAUAACUCUAUUAAUAAUGGCACAUCAUGUUCCUACAGUGAUUCAAAGCAGAGAAUAAAUAUAAAAGAACAAAGGCGAAAUAAAGAAACCAGCAGAGGCAAGAACACCGCCAGUCUGCAGAGCAAGAGUUGGGGAGAGACCCAAAACAGAGGGAAGGGGAAGCUUCCAAUGGCUGGGAUCGCAGCUUCCAUCUCUUGGCUGGGGAGCCAACUGUCCUGCUGCCACAACAACCUCCCAGCUCUGGCCUUGUCUCUCCUACUACUUGCUCUGCUGCUUGAUUAUGUCAAGCGGAGGAAGAGAAGCAGCCGCUGGCCGCCAGGACCCACGCCUCUGCCUUUCAUUGGGAACUUGCUACUGCUAGAUGUAAAGAACCCACACAAAUCUGUUCAAGAUGUAAGUACUGGCUGCACCAUCUAUGAGGACACUGCAUGCUACUGAAUGAUUGCAUUAGCCAAGCUCUUAGUAUUAUUUAAUUAGUUAGCCAGCUAGUUAUUACCUGUUCUUCAGCCUAAGGCUACAGGGCAGGUAGUGGCUGUACUAGAAUCCCGACCCCCUCCAUAAUAUUGCACAAUAUUCCGCUACAGUUUUUGUUCUCAUUAAAUUGAUGCAGAUUGGUGAACCAACGACCCCCUGGUGGGCAGCUCCACUUGAAAUGAUUUCAAUAAAAAAGAAAAAUGUGGAAAAACUAGGGGUAACAUACAAACAGCAUUUCAAGGGAAGAGCAAGGCCAAUUACAAUUGAAACCAUAUGAAGAACUUAAACAGUUUUGUAACACCUGGCUACAAUAUCAUCAAUUAUAUGACAAAUUUAACUCUGACAAUAAAAUAGGUUUCCAAAAAGAAGAAUCCAGAUUCCAGAUAGAACUUUUGAACAAUCCCAAAAAAUAUCUAUCAAAAAUGUAUAAUUUAUUACUUGAAUGGGAACUCAAAAAUGAACAUAUUAAAGAAGUAAUGAUCAAGUGGGACAGGAUUUUAGAUACGUGAUUUCAUUAGAUCAUUGGGAAAAACUUUGGAAAUCAGAUAUUAAUUUCACCGCAUGCAUUACUAUCAAAGAAAAUAUUAUGAAGAUGUUUUACAGGUGGUACUUAAUCCCUGUAAAACUGGCUAAAAUUUAUAAACUAACAUCAAAUCUGUGUUGGAGAUAAAAGGUAUCAGAGAGAUCCUUAUAUCAUGUAUGGUGGGGAUGUGAUAAAAUUUUUAAAAAUUGGGGAAAUAUACACGAGGAACUGAAAAAAAUGUUUAAAACAACAAUUGGUAAGAAGACAGAAACAUUCCUUUUAGGAAUUAUAACAAAUGACAUCCCAAACGACAUGAAGAGAAACUUUUUAUAUGCAACAGCUGUCGCAAGAUUAUUGAUUGCAAAAAAUUGGAAAUCAGAAGAAGUACCAACAUUGAAAGAUUGGCAAUAUAAAUUUUUUGAAAUGAUUGAAUUAGCAAAAAUGCUGGCAACAAUUAGAAUGCAAUCUAAUCAAAAUCUCAAACAGGAAUGGAAAUGUGUAGAAGAAUGCAUGACCAAAAGAUGCUUCAACAAGCAUUAACUGAUAUGUAUAGACUGAUUUCACAAAGUUAAGUUAAGCUAAGCAGAUAUAUAAGAUUGAAUGUUUAAUUAUUAAGAUACAAAAUUACAAUCUCAAUAAUAAUAAUAACACGGAAGUCACGCACGGGUGGAGGGAAGACACAGGGCAAGAAAUAAGAAAUGGAUAAAUGUUGGUACAUAAUGAAAUGUGAAAAUGUGAAUUUACAAAUAUAAUGUAUAUGUAUCGAUAUGUAAAGAUUGCAUAUAUGUAUUGCAACAUUAAAAUAAAUAAAUUAUGUGCAAAAAAAUUUUUUGAUGCAGAUUGGCAAACACACACACACACACACACAGAGAGAGAGAGAGAGAGAGAGAGAAUUUAUUUUUGACACAGCCCUGCUACCAAUGUUCAAUGGCCUGCCCAAGACACUAAUACCAUACAGUGGUGGCUUUAGUCUGAGAGAAUUAGGAUUACGGUAAUAAGGAGAGCUUUCAUUUAAAUUUGGCUUUGCGUUGUUACAUUGGUCUUUUUAUGAACCAUUUUUAAAAGUCCCCAAGGGUUUCUUAGUUUACAUGAUGCAUUUUCACUCCUCCUCAACCAAAAGGAAGCAGUCUGUAGUGUGCACAACAGCAACCCCAGUGUCUGAUCACCCCUGCCGCCUCCCAGCCACCAAGUGAGGCUCUCCACCUCCUCCCUGCCCAGAGCAAUGCAAAGAGGGCAGAGAUGGAAGGGAAGGGCUUUGCUAGCGCCAGGGGCGUAGCUAGCUACUCCGGCACCCGAAGCAGCAUGGGCUGGGUGAGCCUUCCAUGGGGGCACCGCGGUCAUCCAUGCACGGGGUCGGCACGGCCAUCCGCCCAGGGUGGUGGUGCGGUGAGCUGCCCACGGAGUCUGCCUGGCAGACGCAAGCCCCACCUGGAACAGAAUAAGAUUCAGGAGAGGAGGUGCUAGUCUGCUGUUGUCAGGUGAAAGUUCAUGAGUAGAACAACCUGAUAGGGCUGAUCUUUCAUCAGAGUUUGUGGAGGCCCUGAUCCCUUCCCACACCAUCUCUUCUUCUAUGGAGAAGUGAAUGUUUAUUAUUACGGCUAAACAGCCAGCGUAGUAAAACCAAAAUUUCAGCAUCAUUUUUACAUAAACAUUAAAACAAUCUAAGUGGAAUUUAACAAUCCAUAUACUAAUUAAAUAGAUUUAAAAUAUGUAUCCGAGGAAAUAUAAACUCCAUUACAAGUUUUUUUUUUAAAAUAAAUAAAAGAAUUUGACUGUGAGCUGUGUCAAUAUAUGACUGUUUGUGGAGCUGUAUAAUCUUUUGCUUUUGUUGACUUAUGGCUAUUGCACAAGGAAGUCUGCAGUGGAAAAGAACUUGGCACACAGUUUCAACGUGACCGCUCUUACAUGGGCAGAACUUCUUGCCGUGGGGAAUCUUUUUGUAUCUGCCUUCCAAUAGUGCGGAUGUCAAGACAUUGAAUUUGGCUUGCGUAAAUGCCUUUCUAAAUUUGGGGGUGACCAAGUUUGACAAAUAAUUGGGAAGUGCUAGGGCCAUUUUGUUUGUCCAAAGUGUGGUAUAUACCUCAGCUUGCGCUAAAUGGUUUUGUAGUUUGGUAUCUCUAAUUCUCAUUGAAAUGUUCAUUUUUGCUUGGGUGCUCCUCUCUCCCCCCCUCUCUCUCUACCCUGAGAAAACUAGUCUUUCUGUAUAUAUAUUCUGGCGAAAUGAUUAAACACCUCAAGCCUAAAAUAUGUCUGUGCUUUCUGGAAUUUCCCAUAUAUAUUGUGCUGCAACAUUAUACCUUCCCUACUUUUAUUGUCCUUUCCCCCUGGAUAAUUUUCUCCCUUUCCUUCCUAUUGAUCAAAGCUGGAAAAAAAGUUUGGACCAGUCAUCUCUCUGCAGUUUGGAUGGCGAAAUAUGGUCAUCCUGAGUGGGUUCAAGACGAUAAAGGAGGCCCUGGGACAAAACCCUGAGAACUUUGUUGACCGACCAGAAGUUCCACUGUUCAGUCUACUAAACCGUGGAAAGAAUUGUGGAGGUGAGUACAGUGGUGCCUUGCAAGACGAAAUUAAUUCGUUCCACGAGUUUUUUCGUCUAGCGAAUUUUUCGUCUUGCGAAGCACGAAAUCCCAUAGGAAUGCAUUGAAAUUCAAUUAAUGCGUUCCUAUGGUCAAAAAAAGUCCAAACAAAGCCAAAUUUGGUACAACAAGAGUUUAUUAAGUGCUCUUUAAAGUCACACAUACUGUAAAGAGCAUUUCAAAAACUGAAGGAACAAUAAAUUCAAAAAUUGAAGGAACAAUAAAAAUCAUAAAAAUUCAGAAAAAAACCACACAAGCUUCCAGAUUCUUGCAAACCCCUCCUCAACUGUUCCCCCAGCCACCCACCACACAGAAAUUCAAAUCCAGAAUUUUUUUAAAAAACAGCAGAGUGGCCCAAUGGUCACAGAAAAUCAUAAAAAUGCAGAAAAAAACACACAAGCUUCCAGAUUCUUGCAAACCCCUCCUCAACUGUUCCCCCAGCCACCCAUCACACAGAAAUUCAAACCCAGAAUUAUUUUUUUAAAAAAACCAACAUGGCCCAAUGGUCACAGAAAAUCAUAAAAAUUCAAAAAAAACCACACAAGCUCCCAGAUUCUUGCAAACCCCUCCUCAACUGUUCCCCCAGCCACCCACCACACAGAAAUUAAAACCCAGAAUUUUUUUUAAAAAACAGCAGAGUGGCCCAAUGGUCACAAAAAAUCAGAAAAAUGCAGAAAAAAAACACACAAGCUUCCAGAUUCUUGCAAACCCCUCCCCAACACCAAGUCCUUGAAUUCCAAACACCCCAACCCAAAAUCCAAAACCCCCCAAAAAAGUUUUAAAAGUUUAACUUACCAAAUGGCUGCAAAAGAAGUUUUGGAAAAGCUUCAAAAAUCGCCAAAGUCUUCAAAAACCUCAAAAAAAGGCUACCACACCGCGUGCUAUGAGUUGCUCCUCGAAGUCAAGUCGCAACUGCACCUCUUCAAGCAAUGCACCUUGGGUAUUAACGGUUUUACGAAAAAGGAAACAAAUUUGCAAGACGUUUUCGUCUUGCGAAGCAAGCCCAUAGGGAAAUUCGUCUUGCGAAGCAGCUCAAAAACCGCAAAACCCUUUCGUCUAGCGAGUUUUUCGUCUUGCGAGGCAUUCGUCUUGCGGGGCACCACUGUAUAGCUGAUACCCUGAUGGACUGGAUAAGAAGCAGUAGAGUUGGAGAAACAGGCAGGAAGUGACCAGGCAUGCAAGUGGGCCAGGAUGGCACCUCAGGUGGUAAGUGAAAGACUCUGUUGCCUGGGAGAAGAUGCAUAUUCAUGUGACGUGGCAGGAGGUUUUUGAGAAACUUCUUCUUCUUAAACUUGCCUGUAAACAACUAAGUAGGGUCAGGAAGGUAGACUAGAGGUGUUUGUGGGUUUAUUUGCAAAGUCAGCCAGACUGUUCUACAGGACAGCUAUCAUCUGCUGGUUGUGUGUCAGCAUAAGAUGGAAGGCAGCCCAGUGGAAUGUUCACAGACAUUGUUUAGUCUCUGCAGUUGUCAAUCGAGUCCGAAGGCCAGAAAAAUGGGCCAGCAGUUUAAUGGGGACUCUACCAUUCUUCACUUGUAAAAACAACAACAAAUUAAGCAAAGCAAAGAAUUAACUUUGGAAUGUUUCUUUGGGCAACUUGUCAUGUUAUUAUAUUUUAUAUUAUUUUAUAUUAUUUUAUAUUAUUUUAUAUUAUUUUAUAUUAUUUUAUAUUAUUUUAUAUUAUUUUAUAUCCUCCAGGAAUAGGAUUUGCAACAUGCGACAAUGGCUGGAGGGAGCAGAGGCGAUUCAUUGUCUCCACCCUCAAGAAUUUUGGGAUGGGGAAGAAAACGCUUGAAAAAAGAGUGUCUGAAGAAGCUGGAUAUUUGUGUUCUGAGUUCAAAUCCAAAGAAGGUACAUCUCAUUCCUGGGGACUUUUUCCCUGCUAUGGGAUCUCACUUGAUGCAAAGCAUGAGGAGCACUCUAUACUUUAUACAGAAACUAACUCCCAUCUCCAAAGCUUCUCAUACAGUGGUACCUCCGUUACGAACUUAAUUUGUUCCGGAGGUCCAUUCUUAACCCGAAACUGUUCUUAACCUGAGGCGCACUUUUGCUAAUGGGGCCUCCUGCUGCCGCAGCACUGCCAGCAUGCAACUUCCGCUCGCAUUCCGGGGCAAAGUUCACUACCCAGAACACCUACUUCUGGGUUAGCAGCGCUCAUUACCCAAAGUGUUUGUAAGGAGGAUGGUACAUAACCCGAGGUUCCACUGUAUUUAAUUUUUGAAGCAUGUAAAAUGAUUACUAAUAAUCUUGUGGCACUAUAAAGAAUGCAAAAAUUAUUAUGGCAUAAGCUUUCAUGGACUAGAAUUCUCUUUAUGAGAUGUACUGAGUGAAAACCUAAAUUACUUGUGUGGUAGCAAAGGAAUUGGUGCUCCAAGCAUGAAGUGUGGACAUUUCAGGACAUCUCUGCAACCCUUUAGCUCAUCCAGUAUGCAAAAUAAUGUAAGCACUAUAACCAGGUGUUCUGGAGUCCAGAAUCUGAGGGACCUCAAAUUAUUUUCCAUGUAGCAGUACUGGCAGCAGCGCAGCUGAUUCCCUUUCAGGUCCUCCUCAGAUCUUGCUGUCAUGAGAAAGGACUGGAAGAAAGUGGGAGAGGUUGGUGGUUGAGAGAUAUGAAGUUGCUCAUUUUAGCCAGUCAGCCCCUCUGUCCCAAUCCCCCCCGCAAUGUCCUACUUCUAUUAUUCAACUUUAAGAGGAGUAGUGCCUCUGCUGGGGAAAGCUCAGCUGCCGUGUGUGGCUCCUAGAAGCUGUCAGCAUGCGAUAGCAGCCGCAGCCCAGGAAUGGCUUCAAAUGGGUGGCUAAGCAAGGUGAGGGUAGCCAAUGGGUCUUUCACUCUUGGUGAGUUAGGGGCUUUCAUUGCAUGCAAAGAUAGGCUCUGGCAGACUGAAUGGAUGAGACCAAUAGUGGAUCCAACAGUCAAGAAGGGGUGUGUGUGUGUGUAUGUAUAUAUGUGUGUGUGUGUGUGUGUGUGUGUGUGUGUGUGUAUGAUGUCCAGUAGCACCUUAGAGACCAACUAAAUUGUUCUUGGUAUAAGCUUUCAUGUGCAUGCACACUUCUUCUGAUACACUGAAGCAGAAGUCACCAGACCCUUAUAUAUAGUGGGAGGGUGGGGUUUUUCUCAGGAGGGUAGUAGGAGAUGGAUGAUUGACUCAAUGGGUAUGGUACACCUUUGGACAACUGUUAACGACUGCAAUUAGUCCUACAGGAAAAAGCAAGGGAUAGUAUGCAGAUGAUUAGCAUAUGUAAUGAGACAGGAAUCCAAUAUCUCUAUUAAGACCAGGCCUCGCCAUAGUUUUCAGUUUAAUGAUAGGUUGUAAUUCAGCAACUUCUCUUUCAAGUCUGUUUCUUUAUAGAGAUAUUGGAUUUCUGUCUCAUUCCCUUGCUUUUUCCUGUGGAGCCGCUAAGAUGGCUGGAUGGUGCUUUAUACGCCUCCUUCUGGCAACUACUGCAGGCCGGCUGGUGCCAAAUGUAUUGCUCUGCUUUCCUUCACAUCAGUGACGCCAAGAGGCGAGUUUUGUCGUCUGGGCAGCCCAGGAUCUCCAUGCAAACUGCUCAGGAUUCUGCUCCAGGGAACACAGUGGUUUGACUUCACCCCUGGAGGCACACUCCAUUCUCUCUCGAGACAGACAAUGCCAACAACAACAUCCAUGUUAUGUAGCAAAGGAUCUCAGGAAUUUACAGUCCCAUUUAUUGAAAGGGUAAAUAAUUUAUAGGUGGUGGAGUACAGCUUCCAACAUUCCCAUAUCCUGGCUAUGGCUAAUGGGAAUUGAAGCCAAAAAUACCUGGAGGAUAGCAAGUUAUGGAAGGCCAACCUCAACAAUGGCUGUUUAAUGAAGAAUGGGCAAUAUAUGACAACAUACUUCUGAUCUGCUCCUUGUUCUUACAUCUCAUCCAGGUUCUCCUUUUGACCCACAAAUCCUCAUCUACAGGGCUGUUAGUAAUAUCUUCUGCACUCUAGCAUUUGGUGACCGCUUUGAAUACAGUGACAAUACAUUCCUGAAGCUAAUGCAUGUGACUGAGGAAUUCAUGAAGGAAACAAUCAGAAAUUUGCCCCAGGUACCUUCAUGAGUUUGUCUGGGCAUUAAAAGGAAACAGCCAUUUGAAGUGUAUGUUUUGUGUGACUACCACAUCCGAGUUAUGGAGCAUCCCCACUAAGGUGCUUAUCUGAAUCAAUCACUUCAGCAUAUCUUUAAAUCCUGGUAUUCUUAAAGAAAAAAGAAGAGGAACACAAGCUAAAAACCAAGACAGCAAGAUUAAAACACGAACAUAGGUAAUCAAAAGUUAAAAGUGAUUUAUGAAAAAUUAUUAGAGGCAGAAAAACCUAUUACAAAUAACUUCAGAAAGAAAUUAGAAGGACAAUUCCAUUCAUUAAAAAAGAUAAUUGUCAAUAUGCUACUAACAAGCAUUAAUUAAAGCAGGGGUGCAAAAUGAUAAUGAACAAAAUAAUAAAGGUAUCAGAUUACAGUAAAUGGUAGGAAUUAGCAUCCACUAGUAUUUGGACAGAUGUUGGAAAAGCUUUUGAUAGGAUGAAGUGCAUUACCAUUUUCGUGUGAUGAAGAAAUAUGGGUUUGGUGCAAAAUUCAGCUAUGUUUUACUCAGAAUUGACUCACUUAAAGAACAUGAGUAAAACUGGUCUAUUGAACUCAGUAGGUUUACUCUGAGUAAACCUUAACAGAAGACCACCCUUUAUUUUAUUUCAUAAAACCUCUAAGUGGUAUUAAAAAGAUAUAUAAUAUACGGUUUAAAAGUUGGCGGAUAACUGGUAAUGACAUUGAAAGCUCUUUAUGUUUUAGGACUAGGAUAUCUGAAGGAGCUGGCUUCUCCCACUAAUGUGAGCCUACCAGCCUAUUCAGAGACCCUUGUAUCUCCUAACAUCCCCACAGAUUAUGGCUAAGAAAAGUUAAUUAUCAAUGGAUAUGCUCAGUCUCUGGAACUCUGUACCACAGGGUGGAUGUGAGGGAGGGAAUGGGAGUGAAGCUGGCAAGGAAUAAUCUCCCCAUCAGUAUGAAGAACUGACUGGUUAGGAACUACCUAUCAGAAUGCACUUUCACUUCUAGUGAAAUAUUUAUUAAAUGUCUUUUGUAUCUGAAAAGGUUGUGAUAUCUCUUCUUUCUCUGAUUUCUGCCCUGCCAGCUUAUUGCUGCAGGAUCCUGGUUGUCCUAUUUUCCUGGACCUCAUCGUAAACUGCAGAAACGCUAUGGAGAUAUUAGUAUAAUUCUAAAAGAGAUUGUGAGUGAACAUAAGAAAACCAGAGAUCCUACCUUCCCAAGAGAUUUGAUUGAUGCAUUUCUGGAGGAGAUAGAUAAGGUAGGAAGACAUUUAUAGACACAGAACCACUGGGACUUCUUUUGUAGCGUCUUCAUUAGGAUUGAUUUAUUUAGAAUUUCUGCCAUCUAAACCAUGCCAGUAAAAUUACAAGACCUGGUGGGUAAACAUCUCUAACUCUUUACCCUGACAUCAGCUUGUGCAUUUGAGUUCACCUCCUGAAUACCUUGGAGAAAAAGAUGGGAGACAAAUUAAAUAAACAAACAAGCAGUCAUUAAGCAGUUGUUUCAUAUGCCCAGACAAUGACAACCUAUGCUCUGAAACUGGUGAGUUUAUUGCUCAGUGCAAUUAUGCCAAAGAAAGAGCUAGGCUGUAUUAGAUAUUACUGUGGGAUGAGGCUGCCAUUUUUUUCAACACCCAUGUGCUUUAUGAAAUGCAGUAUUUCUCAAGAAACUGAGCAGCUUUUCCUUUAUUAUUUACUUUGCUUUGGUCAGAUAUAUACUAUUGAUAGCAAGGGGAAAGAUCAUUAGUACACACUAUUCUCUAACAAAUAUGACAUGAUAUUGUGCUAUUUCCAUGUGAGUUACUAACUUGUUCCAUUUCCUUCAGGCUAAAGGGAAACCAGAUAGCAGUUUUAAUGAGCAAAACCUUAUUAAUAUCCUUGUUGACCUGUUUAUGGCUGGCACUGAAACAAGUUCUUCCACCGUACUCUGGGGACUGUUGAACAUGGUCAAUCAUCCUGAGGUUCAGAGUAAGUGAUCAGUAUUGGGGAAGAUAGACUGAUCCCUCAUGGGGUUUUCCAAUUGAAAGGCUUACUCAUGGGCAAGUUAGCUGUGCAAUUGCUUUAGAUCUGAUUUGGAUUCAAAACUUCCACAUCAGGAGGAAGGCCAGGAUAACAAUUCAAUAAAUAAAUUACAAUUAUGAAAUGGCUCAAAAUAGAAACAAGGCAGUUGGAACCAAGCACUUGGAAAACAAAGCUGCUUUGCCUAAUAAAACUUUAUUUGUAUUUUGGAAGCUGUUUCUUUGUCCUAACUAUGUAUAACUUUGUAACAACUCUGCACUAACUCUGGAGAAUUUUUUUAAUCUGUGUCCUUAAAUGUUGAUGCUCAUAGGCUCUCAUCUGGGUAUUUUUCAAAAAGGUGGUUUUUUAUUUAUUCACAAAUAUAUCCACUUCUGAAUAGCUGAGUGCCCCUUAAGUAUGUAUGCCUUCAAACGAAUAGGCCUUUGAACACCUAAGUCUGAUGUUACUUCAUAGAAUUGUCGAGAUGGAAGGUACUCUGAGGGUCAUCUAAUUCAACCCCCUAUAAUGCAGGAAUCUUUUGCCCAAUGUGGGGCUCAAAUCUAUGCUCUCUCAACUGAGCUAUUAGUUACAGUGCAGAUUAAUGAAGAUAAAAGAAUUUGAAACAGCUGAGACGAUGUGGGAAAUGUACAUGUCUACAAUGGAGAAGAACUGCAUAGAUUAUAUAAACAAAUGAUAAACUAAACCACCACCCACCAAAGAUUGAAUCACUAUUUGGGUUAUGUGGAGGAUAUUCAGCAGACCCCUACUUGGAGCCCCAGAUUCAAAUCUGUGCUCAGCCUUAAAGCUCGCAGAGUGUCCAGGGCUGCUGAAACUUUCUAUGCAAACAACAACAACAUGCUACCAUAACAGGCUUGGAGAACUGGAAGGAUUAAGACACAUAUGCAAUGCAAUAAUACUUCUAAAUGAAUAUUUCCAGAAAGGGUCCAAGAAGAAAUUGAUGAAGAGAUAGGCAGGGUACGAUCACCUGUGAUGGAAGACCAGUUGAAGCUGCCUUAUACUUGCGCUGUGAUACAUGAAAUUCAACGAUGUGCUGAUGUUUUACCUGUUGCAACGCCAUAUAUGGUCCACAGAGAUACUGAGGUUGGCAAGUUUGUCAUUCCUAAGGUAAAUCAGAACCAGGGUGGUCACACGUGAGAGAUCUUUAUGCUAACAGUAGCAAAAGUCGAUUGAACUGGAACUCAUGGCUGCAAAGUAAAAAAAGUUGCAGGAAUUCAUACUAACUACUUACACAUCCAUUGAACAAGAGACAGACUAACUCAAAGCUGGCUAGUGCAUGCUUUAAAUAGGGAGCAAUUAUGACCGCACAGCAGGCACAAUGUGUUGCCUCUUCUGUUACCGUAAACCAGCACUGCAAACCAACCCCAAAUGUUAUGCCGGAGAAACAGCUUGUGUUAAAUUUCUAUGCUGCCAGCAGCCAUUAGUGUAAAAUGCAGCCUGGAACGAUCACACAACAUGGUCACAUAGUCAAGAAUUGCAAGGAGAGAGAACUUGGUAGGCCUAAAUGUCUAGUAUAAAACCCUUUUAAGAGUAGUGCUGGAAAUACCAGGAACCGUAGCAAAAGGAACUUUCUGUUUUUUCACAGAUGAGUAGGGAAUCCAGCACCUACUCAGGCCCAUGAAGGCCACUGGGGGAUGCUGAGCCAAUCACCUUUUCUCAGCCUAACAUACCUCAGUCGCCCUGUUAUGAGGAUGAAAUGGAGGAAGAACUACCGGUAUGCAUGCUGCCAUGAUGAUGGGAUGUAGAGGCAAUAAGUAAAUAAAUGUAAAUAAGCACAUUUCAGACAGGUACUUCAUAAGACCCAUUACUUGCAGAUUUAAAUGACAUACCUUCUUCUACAAUUGCCUUGAAUCAGAGGGGUGACUUCGUAAUGGGAAUGGAAGAAUUUCUCAAUCUGUCUUUCCCGUAGUGUCUAAUUUUUCAAAUCUUACAUUCAAUUCUCCACAUUUCUGCAAAUUGUCUUUAAGAACUUCCUGAAAAUUUACCAAAUGUGUUAACACACAUUUGUCCUGAUAAGCUCUUUCCUCCUCUCUCUCUCCUCCAUGCAGGCCUGGACUCAGCACUGGGUAUCCUUGGACUUGGCCCCCCGCUGCUGAUGUGUGCUCCAGCCACCCACAAGCUUACCUUACCAGCAGUGGAUUCUAAUCUCUUGGUUUUUCUUGCCAUUUUAGGAGACUGCUGUCUUUAAUCAUCUGUCCUCUGUGCUAAAGGAUGAGACAAUGUGGGAGAAGCCACAUGAAUUCUACCCAGAGCACUUCCUGGAUGCAAAUGGGCAGUUUGUCAAGCAAGAGGCCUUCCUACCUUUCUCUCUAGGUAAAUCCAAGAGAGGAAUGGCUGAGGUAUAAGGGGAAAGAUUACAAGCUGUCCUGUUAUCUUCCUUUCUCUUUCCCGCCUGAUGGGAAAGCAAGAGUAACAGGUUUCCAUAGUCAGCUCCUUGAGAAGAGAGAGUAUGUACUUUUGACUCAAACUUGUGUUUUUUUAAUAAAAAAACAACAACCAUCAGGAUCAUACUUUACAACCAACUCCCCCUAUUUCCUGGCUACCUUCCAAGGAGAAAAUAUUGAGAAGACAUAGACAUUUCAGAUUGUACUUCACAAGUGGUUUGUAUUUGUGUGUGGUUAUUUGAAAUAUAUAAGCCAAUUUUCAGAACCACUGCAGUCUGUGACUGUGUUGAAUUCAGCUUUGGGCACAUUUUAAGUGUGUUUUACAGUGACAAGCAGUUCUGUGGCUGCAGGGAAUAUAGGCCGUAGUGGCAUUCCAACUCAUGUUAAGAAAAUAGUGGUCAUGCUUUAAGAUCACACCUCUACCCGGGUAACCAGCAGGGUAGCACAGCAGAGCUUCAGGAUCUUUGUCCUUUACCGUUGUCAGCCAUUUCAGAGUUGAUGGUGAAGAAAAUUCUUUGGCCACACCGUUAGAAAUAAAGUGCUUUAUAGCCAUAAGACCAUUAUUAUUCACACCAUAUACAUGAAGUUAGGAGAUGCUGGUACACCAUAAACUGCACCCUACUAAGUAUAGUAACCUUGUCUUAGGAGGCUGUAGUCAAAAUAGUAAAAGAGACUUAAACUAGAGGGAGGCUCACACAUGGCUGCUGGAUGCAGCUGGCUAUAUAUCAGUCAACACACACACACACACACCCCUCUUUCAGGUGAGAAAGGGUAUGGAGUCAUGCCAGAAACUUGUAGUCUUGAGCUGUAUUCAGGUGGACUGCCACAGCUGGCAUUCCAACACGAAACAGACCUGCGCUGGUUGCUCAUUUGCUACUGAUCCAAAUUCAAGGGGUUAAUAUGAGUAUAUUAAUCUUUUGGCCACUUGGGACUAAUAAUUAAAUCCAGAGACUCCAAGAUAAUAAUAGCUAGGUAGGCUCAGCUCACUCUUUAAAUUUUAAAAGAAUUGCGAGAAGCAGUGUGCGUAGGAAGCUAAAUUUUGCGCCUCCCUGUAGCCUGGACUGCAAGAGCAAAGGGCGGCGAGUGAACCAGCCCCUCCCCACUGCUGCCUCCCACAGUUUGGUUCUCUCUGUUGACACCAGAUGGAGAUCUUUGUUCCUACUGAUGAACAGCCUUUUAACCUCUGGAACCUAUUUAUUGAUCCAGUCAGCUGUCUGUAGUGGGUAGUGUGGUAAGGCAGUUUUGUGUAGAGUAAAUAACAAGACCUUUGACAAAGUUACAGUAAAACAAAGCUAGACUAGAGGCAGCAAUUUCAUCAGUUAUUGUUACAGUGUAAAAGGAGGGGGGAAGAGGUAUUGCGAUGAGGUUAGUCUGAUGGACACAUUCCUGCCCAGCUCUGAAUAUGGCGACCAGCAAUUUGUCCAUAGCAAGCAAGGUCAAGCAUAGCCAAAAAGCCUAGAAAAGAGGGAGGGAGAGAGAGGGGGACGGAGAUCCGAUGAGGGACCAGGUGGGGAGGUGGAUACUGACCAAGUUUUAAAUAAAUGAGAUGCAGGCCAGAGUGGAGCCUAUAGGUGCAGUCCGAUCCACUCCUUCCUCCUGAUCUCAUGCACAAAAUACUAUGUCUCCUUUUCCUACAGGUCGCCAUGCAUGCCCUGGAGAACCCCUGUCCAAAAUGGAGCUCUUCCUCUUCUUCACCAGCCUUCUGCAGCAUUUCACCUUUUGCUUUCCCGGAAACUUUCCCAGGCCCAAGAUAGAAAGAGUAUUUAUCCUAAUCGCUAAUCCAUCCCCUUUCCAGAUUUGUGCCAUUCCUAGAUAAUAUUUCUAAGCUUAGUGUAUCUUACAGUUUAACCAUUAACCUCAAAAGCAACUACAGAAGCCAGGAACAUGAAGCAUUUAUUCAUUUUAUGUAUUAAUAAACAUACCAAUAAGUAAUAUCAGCACAGUUUACAACCAUAACACCAUACAAUAAAACCAUAUAAAAAUUAAAAUUGAAGAUCAACCAACUGUUAAAGUUGUAGAGUCAGGGCAAAAAACAAACAAACCCAGCCAUGGAAAAUGCAAGCAUGUGUUACAAGAUAUUUGGCUUGCACUCCCAGAGUAUAUCACCUCAAGCUUUUAAAUUUCUGCAGUGAGAUUUUAACCUCAUGUUCGUACAUUAUCUUCCUUCUGAUCACCUCACACAUGCAGUUAACCCUUUGAACAGCCUUAAGUGCGUUCCACAAUUUUGGGGUGUCUGUCUGGCAAGUCAUUCUCUUUAAAAAUAAAUAAAUUGGUUUUUCCAUGUAUACACCCUCUAACAAUAUUUCUCUAACAAUUUUCCAUAUUUACUCCCCUCCUCCCCGGACUUCCUUCAUAUUCCCAUUUUGUUUUAUUUCAAUAUGCAAGUCAUUCUCUUUAAAGUAAAGGUCCAAAGGUUUAGCUAAGCAUUCUUUGGACACUGCACAAGUGAGAAGACCAAGGUCAAAGUACCAGUUUUGGGUCCUGGGGGGAAGUGCACCAAAGUUUAAGUUAAUGGAGACUGGUGCAUGAUCAGAGACUGUUAUAGACCCAGUUUCUGCACUCACCACCUGAUGAAGAUCACCUUUUGGUAUUAAUAUUAGGUCUAUAUGUGACAUUUAUGAGGAUUCCCUGCCUUCUGGUUGCAGUGCUGCCAAGUGUCCACCAGGUCCCAUUCAGUUAAUACUUCUUCCAGGCAGAGGUUGUAGAAUUUGUUCAUAUAUUGAUACUUACUUCAGUCCUUAGAGUCACGACUGCAGCAAUUUAAGUCUCCUAUUAUAGUCUGUCCUCUUAAAAUGGUCUAAUUCUGUUAAUGUCUCCCAAAUAAAGUCUUGUUGUGCUGAGUUGGGUUCAUAUAAACCAGUGUGGUGAUUGGAUGGCUGUCUAUGACACCACGAACAAAGAGGUAACUGCCUGCUGGGCCUGCCAAACUUUCCUCAACACUCAGAGGGCAGAGUUUGCUUAUCAGGACAGCCACACCUCUGGCUUUUCCUAAGCCAGGGGCUUGUAGUUGUGUCUCCUACAGGAGAACAAUCUGGAUGAGUGCCUGGUCUUUAGCUCCUGAACAGCAGGAGACCUGCCUAAGUUGCUUUGCAAAGUUUUUCCUUUCUGUAUUUGCCACAGCAGGGGGUGAGAGGAUUCUUUAACAUCUAUUUGCACUUAAUGUGUUUUGGGAAAAUCAUGUCGAGGAGAUAGCUGCUCUUUUGGACUUAAGGGAUUCCAGUAUCCUGGUGUCCAAACAACUCAUUCAUCAAUCACAGUUCCAACUUCACUCAUUAGCUAAAAACACUGAAAAUCAGGAGCAGCCAGACUGGCCUGUCUCAGAGAUAAUGCUUAGAAAUGUGCCUGCACAUUUUGUUUUAUAACUUUCUUUCCAGAAGGCCUAGAGACUUACUUUUUUAAAAAAAUGAAAACUUGGAGUCUGGGCCCCUUCUCUGGGAGGGAUGGCAGAUUUGCCUCUGGGUGACAUCCUCCCUCCCUUCCUGCUUCCUGCCCACUUGCUCAUGGCAGCAAUGCCUUCUCCUCCCCGGGGCAAUAUAUUCAGGAAAGCCUUCCCUCUCCCACCCUCACUUCCAUUUUCUUUCUCUGGUUCAUUCUCCUUGCUUUCUGGCUUUCCUGCAUUCCCAGAAUAGUUUAAUAAUCUAUCCCUCUUCACAGGGAACUCUGGGAAUGGUAGCUCUAGGAGGAGAAUGGGGGACUUCUAGCAACUCUUGACAGCUUUAACAUCUUUAGAGGAAGCUAUGGCUGUUUAUAAAGUGCUUUAUAAUGUAUGGUGUGAGUGUGGAUGUGGAUGUGGUCCUGCUCCUUGUGAUCCUGCUCCACUAGAUGUCACUAUUUCUAAGCAAAAAUCUCACCCCCUCCUGUCUUAAAAAAGACACACAUCAAGUGGAUAAACAUGUUUUUUCCAGCUAAUAUUAGAUGAUUGUUGUAAAUUGAAGCAGGUAUAGGAAUUGUAGGUGGGGUGGCAAGACGUAAGAGGAGGAACGUACCCAAUAUUUCUAUAUUUUACAUAUUGUGACUUUGAUUGAUUAUAAACAAUAAUGGCAGCAAUUAAUUAAUUAAUUAAUUAAUUAAUUGUUGCAAUUGUUGGGAGUGAUUUGGCAUUUCUUUGCUGGUAUUCUGGAGGUUGAUUUUACCAUGAAAUAUUAUAAUUGACUUAAGUCAUUUAUUUUUACAAUUAUAUAUAUAUAGUUUUCAUUAUAACAUAUUUGCAUUGGAUUGACUUAGUCUAGGGUGGGAACUUAGUUGUAGAUUUUGUCAUUUCUUUGUAGAACUGACCUGUGCAUAGCAGUGUAGAAAGGCAGUAUACAAAUGGAACAGAAAUGAAUUAAAAAAAAACAAGUUUAGUUUUAAUAAAAUUAUGAAUCUGCACCUGACUGUUACUCAGAGUAUACCUAUUGAAAUUAUUGGCCCUAACAUAGCUGAGGUGUGCCUAUGUUGCAGCAAGAACCAUUUUUGAAGAUGCCUUCCAUCCUGUGUGACGGCCAGGCUGUGGCUCAGCAAUGGAGCUCCUGCCUUACAUGCGAAAUCUCCCGGGUUCAGUCCCCAAUGGCAUCCCAAAGGAGGCAGGGUUAUACAAAGUAAGAGGCCUCCCCUUUCCCAGGAGGGAAUGUUUCUUCUAAAUAGAGGCAUCCUGUUAUCUCUUGUGGCCCUCCAGACAUUGUUGCAAUCUGCUAUUUUUCUAGAAAAAGAGGUGCAGAACUCACCAUGAACGCCUCCCUUGUUCUCUUAGAAUGGCACCUACCCGAGAGGGGCCGGAACUGAGUUCCAGUGAGUUCCAGCUGAAGAAAAAGCUCUGGUUGCAAUACUAAGGUUCUCAUCACCACUGACCAUGCUGGCUGGGGAAGGUGGAAGUUCACAGGUUCCCCAUCCUCGAAAUAACCAAAUAACAGAAUGCAUCCCAAUGUCCCAGAAGUCUAUGAUUUUGAAAUGAAUUUUUACAGAUUUGAACAACUCCCUCCCUCCCUUUGAAGUGGCAGGGGAAGACAGCAAAUUCAUCACCAGGGAGAUGUCUGAAGGGAGUCUUCAAAGUCAUUGUGAUUUACUAAUUGUAUUUAUUUAUUUUUAAAUAUAAUUAUUGCUUUGUGU